AUGAAUCGUCAGUCUACAUCGAUACGUAGCCACACCAAAAGACAGAGUUUUGAAUUCAUUUUGCUGUUCAAUAGAGCGGUAGGGAGCGAGAGGGUCUUCUAUUUCAUGGUGGACCCGAGGACCGGGGACCGAAUGUUUCCGAAGUUGAACACAACGGUUUUCCAUAAACUCCGCAAUCUGGUUGGCUAUCGCGUGGUUGUCACUGACGACCAGUUGUACAUCAUUGGUGGUAAAGAUUGGAUGUCUGGUGAGGCCACUGGAGCCACGUGGCGUUACAAUCCGGACACGGGGAAAUGGACGGCAUGUGCAAAACUGCACGAGCCGAGAUGCCGUUUCACAGCGGAUGUACUGGACGGCAAAAUAUUUGUAACAGGAGGGGAGGUACGGCACGGCAAGGUCACGGACCACGUGGAGUUCUACGACCCCCAGGCGGACACAUGGACGCCGAUCAAACUUUUGCCCCGACCACGAGUGGACCACGCAAGCUGCGUGGCCGGAAACAGGCUGUACGUGUCCGGGGGCAUCCCCAACAUCAAACACCAGUGCUCCAACGUUUUCUGGGUGUAUGACGUACUGACGGACGUGUGGUCGGACCCCUGCCCCCGGGUCCAUCUACCCCAGGACAGGGAGAAACAUUCAAUGGUCACCUACAAGAAGGACAUCAUCGUAUUCGGGGGCCGUGGGUUUGACCAGGAGGUGUUUCAGGAGAAAGAUGAGAGCCGGGUGGUUAGCUACAGCACGCGCCAGGAUGGUCAGUCCGCUCGACCGCGCGCCUGGGACCUUGAACAUCCCCACAUGUACCAUAACCGGGUGUCGCCGGGAUCCGUGCUCCUAGGUAUGUAUUUUAAAUGUGAACCGUACAAUUCAUCCUAUUUAUCAGGGAAAAGGAUCUACUUUUUCGGCGGCAAGAGCUAUCAGAAGGACCAGGAAUGUCGGGACGUGGAUUUCUACACGCCCAAGACCCGGAAGUGGCGGACGGUGUUCUCCCUGCCGCCCCGCUACAGCUACGCCAACGCGGAGUGUGUCCGGCUCACCGUCCCGAUACACAACAGGGACUUUAACUUUAAUGAUAUCUUGUUGUAUGACCACUGGAUUAUGUGGUAGAUUGUGUCUUGUGGAGGAGCUAGUUCAGUUGUGUUGUGUUCUGUGACUUGAUCCGGGUGGUAUACAAUAUGCCACUUAUGUAAAUGUAACGGCCAUACCACAUUGACUCCAUUCACUGUAUAGGUACUCAAAUUUUAACACGUAAUCCGAUUAGCUACAUCGUUCUAAGAUCCAAGUAAGCUUUAUAUCGAAUACCACACCUGCAGUGA